UGCCUCCUCUCUUAUUUCACUGAUUUAUUUCACUAUUUUCAUUUGUUUCCCUUCUUAGAGGCUCUGAAAAAUAUCUUUAAGGAGCUUCAUUUUGAUAUUCAGUCCUUUCAAGAUCUCACAGCAGAGGGCAUACAACAGGUCCUAAAGACCUUCAAAGAUAAUAACCAUGAAAGCAAAGAUUGCUUUGUUUGCUGCCUCCUGUCCCAUGGAAAUAAAGGCACCAUCUAUGGCAUUGAUGGAAAAGAGGUGCCCAUCCGGGAUCUGACAUCAUAUUUCUCUGGUUCCAAUUGCCCAUCUCUUGCUGGUAAACCCAAAGUAUUCUUUAUUCAAGCUUGUCAAGGCAAGGCCACCCAGUAUGGGAUCUCCCUUGAUACAGAUUCUGAACAGCAAAGAGAAUCUCUGGAAGCAGAUAAAUCAUUUCAGAGUGAAUGCAUUCCAAAUGAGGCCGACUUCCUGCUUGGGAUGGCAACUGUAGAAAAUUAUGUCUCCUACCGAGACUCAGCUCGUGGGACCUGGUACAUACAAUCCCUUUGCAAGAAUUUGAAGGAAGGAUGUCUUCGAGGAAAUGAUAUUCUUACCAUCCUGACAGAAGUAAACUCUGAAGUAAGCCAAAAAACUGAUCCAAAGAACAACGGGAAACAGAUGCCACAACCCAAGUUCACCCUUAGAAAAAAGCUUGUCUUUCCUAUUAGCUAGAAUUGUUGGUACUACUUGAAAUUGUAGAUCUGAGAACACUAUCAGAAUCUAUUUAUUUGGUUUAAAUUUUUUCUUAUGCACGUUUAUUAAGGAGUGAAUAAAAUAUAGUGUUUUGAAGACUAUGGGAUGGAGAAGAAGAGAAAGAAAAGAAAUAAUAUAUACUUAUUGAAUAAAAGUCAUUUUUGAAAAAGACUGUGGCGGACUUCCGGUCAAGAUGGCAGCUUAGAGAAAGCUAAAGUUCAGAUCUCUGGAAAACCCUUCCCGACCGAUCUCAAACUAUAAGCUCCUAAGGCGCCGAAAUUCAAAACGGUCAACAGCACAGACCCUGGGAAUCCUCCUCCUGGACCUGGACCUGGAUCAAAAGGUACGGCCCCCCUCAAAAGCCAGAACCCAAGAUCACUCGGACCUAAGGAGUAGGAGCGCAGAGUCCAAGGCUCUGGGAAGCCGCAGCACCACCCCGUUCAGAGAGCAGGGUUCUCUGAAAUAACAGCAACCCUCAGGGCCUUCUAUCCGAGUCCCAGUGAAAGUCACUGCCCUUGGAGCUCCGGGAAGCCGCAGCCCAUCCCCCGCAAAGAGCAGGGUCAUCUGAAACAACAGCAACCCUCAGGGCGGGCAAGACAGCCUCACCAGCUGGAUCCUGCUAUCCAAGUCUCAGUGAAAGUCACUGCCCUCGGAGCUCAGGGAAGCCACUCCCCUUCCUCUGCAGAGAGCAGGGUCCUCUGAAACAACAGCAACCCUCAGGGCCCACAAAACAGCCUCACAGCCAGCUAUUCUGAAGGCAACUUCCGGAAAGCAACCCGACCCAGUCGAGGGGGCACCUUAGCAGCAGGGAAACAGAGAGAACCGGGGGAGAGUGUGGCCCCCUGGUCUGACCCUUCCAUUCCAGUUCCAGUGAAAGUCAUUGCCUUAAGACAUACUCAAUUUAACCCAGGGAAAGCUCAUAGAACCGACAAUCUGCCCAGGACUAAAGCCUCUGAACACCAGACAGAGAUAAGAAAAGCUAAUCCUCCACAUUCAGAGAUGGCAAACUCCACAGAAGCACAGAAGCCCCAAAAUCCCAAGAAAAAUAAGAAGAAAGGGGUGACUUUGGACACAUUCUAUGGAGCCAAAAUACAAAAUACAGAGGAGAUAGAAGACGAUACACAAGAAAAUGCUCCGAAACCUUCCAAAGGAAAUGGAAACUCUCCACAAACCCAUGAAGAAUUUGAAUCAGAAAUAACCAAAAAGAUGGAAGCCUUCUGGGAGGAAAAGUGGGAAAUAAUGCAAAAGAAAUUCACGCAUCUACAAAACCAGUUUGACCAAAGUGAAAAGGAAAACCAGGCUUUAAAGGCCAGAAUCAGGCAGCUGGAAGACAACGAUUGUGUAAAAGAGCAAGAAUUAAUAAAGCAAAGCCAAAAUACCAAGAAAUUAGAAGAGAACAUAAAAUAUCUCACCAACAAGGUGACAGAUAUGGAAAAUAGGGGGAGAAGAGAUAAUUUAAGAAUAACUGGACUUCCAGAAAAGCCAGAAAUAAAAACCAAACUCAACAUCAUGAUACAAGAUAUAAUCAAAGAAAAUUGCCCAGAGAUUCUAGAACAAGGGGGCAAUACAGCCACUGACAGAGCUCACAGAACACCUUCUACACUAAACCCCCAAAAGACAACUCCCAGGAAUGUAAUUGCCAAAUUCCAAAGCUAUCAAACAAAAGAAAAAAUCCUACAGGAAGCCAGAAAAAGACAAUUUAGAUAUAAAGGAAUGCCAAUCAGGGUCACACAAGACCUUGAAAGUUCUACUCUGAAUGAUCGUAAGGCAUGGAACAUGAUCUUCAGAAAGGCAAGAGAGCUGGGUCUUCAACCAAGAAUCAGCUACCCAGCAAAACUGACUAUAUACUUCCAAGGGAAAGUAUGGGCAUUCAACAAAAUAGAAGACUUCCAACUUUUUGCAAAGAAAAGACCAGAGCUCUGUGGAAAGUUUGAUACCAAAAAACAAAGAGCAAGGAAUAUCUGAAAAGGUAAAUAUUAAGGAAAGGGGAAAAAUGCCCAGUGGAUUUACGCGUUGGCUAUGGGGGGUGGGGGGAGGAAAAGAAAAUGAUCUAUGUCUUUAAUGAAUAUUGCUUGGAAAGAUCAAAUAAAAUAUAAUAAUUUAAAAAAGAAAAAAAGAAAAAGACUGUGGCUCAACAGUCAUUUCUCAUACAUAUUAUAAUUUCUAAAAAAUAAUUCCCUCCUUGUGAUCCCCAUCCAGAGUUUCCACCACUAUUUCACUACAAUAUUCUGUGCACUGCUAAGUGUUCAGAUCCUUGCAAACUGGAAUCUUGAUAAUUAUAACAUUUUCCCAUACUCUAGCCAAAGGUUUAAGAGCUAGGUCUCCAACUUACAAAAUAUGUGUUUUGUUUUUUUUUAUUAUUUGCUAUUAGAAAAAAUGGUGAAAAUAAUUUUAAGAUAUCCUCUCUUUUGAGACAUAAUAAUGGAAUUGAUUUUGGUGAAGUUUAAUAAGUUCCUAUAAUAUGUGAGAAACUGUAUAGGAGCCCUGGGGAUACAAGAUUGAUAAAGAAGUCUGUAUCCUCAACAAACUUAAUGAUAAGGAACCAUGAAUACAACCUAGGAAUUUUUAUCCCUGGGAUGGAAACAGUAAAGGGUGUAAUUUUGGGGAACUCACUUAGAUGGAGAAAUGAGGGUUGAAGGAAGUGAGGAAAGGGUUGAUGAAAAUGGCUUCCCUCACUACCCCCUCCCAGAGUCCCUGAAUUACUUGAGGGAGACAAAAUGGAGAUCUCCCCUCAGUGAAGGCUUGCCCCUUGAUGGCUGUGCCAGUCCUUAUGGGUGGUGGGGAAGUCUUAUCUACAAGGAGAGGAAUGGAAGACCUCAAUCCGGAUAUGAGCUGCCUUGGGGCACUCACAAGCCUCCAUUGCAUGUCUUCUUGGAAAUUGGCAACAAGAUGGAGUCUGUCACUGGGUUUAUUCUCUAGAUGUAAAUAAAUGAGAUUGAAUCCA